GGCGGUCUUCGGAAGAAUGUGACUACAAUAUAUCCAUGCACGGCCUGGAACCCCCGAUUAUGUGCACAAACAAGUUGAUAAAGGAAUUAAAAGGAUUGCCAUUGAAAGGAUGGCAAUGAAGCAGCUAGCGCAGAGUCUACAACCAAUGCCUGUGUACUUCAUCCUGGGUCUGACUGUGUGCUUGUGCUUCCUGGAGCUAGUUAUUGCUCAUGCAACACAUUCCCUCACUCUACUGCUAGACGCCUACCACGCUCUCUGCAACAUCAUCGUUCUCGUCGGUUCUAUUAUUUCCAUCAAGCAUGGGAGUGGCAGACCCGACAAUGAUUCUGUAGCAACCAACUCACACGAGGAACUCAAGUCUUUGGCGUCGCUCCCCAACAAAGCACAAAUGUGUUGCGCUUCAAGUCCCGGACCAGAACGGCAGCUGUGCAACACUUUUGGCUGGGACCGUGUUGACGUGCUGGUCAUGUUGAUAUGUUGCGCUUCAAGUCCCGGACCAGAACGGCAGCUGCGCAACACCUUUGGCUGGGCCCGUGUCAACGUGCUGGUCAUGUUGAUAGCCUGCGUGUUUCUCAUCUCACAUGUUGUAUGUUGUGUACAGUGUUGCGCUUCAAGUCCCGGACCAGAACGGCAGCUGCGCAACACCUUUGGCUGGGCCCGUGUUGACGUGCUGGUCAUGUUGAUAGCCUGCGUGUUUCUCAUCUCACAUGUUGUAUGUUGUGUACAGUGUUGCGCUUCAAGUCCCGGACCAGAACGGCAGCUGCGCAACACCUUUGGCUGGGCCCGUGUUGACGUGCUGGUCAUGUUGAUAGCCUGCGUGUUUCUCUCCUCCUUGUGUUUCUCCGUGCUGGUGGAAGCGUUGCAGACCCUGAUACACAUCAGUCAUCAUGAUGAGAUGCAUGCGCCCAUCACCGUCCUAGUCAUCGGGGUGUUGUCAAUGUUCCUCAACUUGUUGGCUUAUCUCAUGAUCGGAGGAUAUACGUUCCAUCAAGGAAGCUUCCUAAGUGCCAUGGAGGCAGCCAGUGUCGAGAGUCUGCAGAAUGGCCAGGGGAAGAACCCUUCAGUAAAGUCUGCCAAGAGACAGGGAUUGUGGGGACUUUGUCGAGAUACUGUUGGCUGCUUGGUGGUUAUCAUCUGUGCCAUUGUAGUCUACAGCACAGAUCCAUCUGUGGCCAAAUUUGUGGAUCCAUCAUUCUCCAUCCUCUCAACAAUCCUGGUGAUGUAUCUCAGCUACCCCUUCAUGAAGGAUUCGUGUCUAAUUCUACUGCAGACAAUCCCAGAGCACAUUAACAUCGGGAAUCUCUGCAGCCAACUUGUCACAGCGUUCCCUGAUAUAGUCAAUGUACACGAGCUCCAUGUGUGGACCCUGACAGCAGACAAGACCUACUGCACAGCUCACAUAAUCUUCCUAAAUCCAAAAGAGUACUCCAAAAUCACAGACAACAUAUCUAGGUUCUUUCUCAGUCAAGGAAUAACUCAUGUUACAAUACAACCUGAGUUCUACAAGGAACCAAAGGGUCUCUCAAAGGGAGGCGAAGUAUCCUCCACCUCAGACUGUCUGGUCCCAUGUACAGAGGACAUGUGCAUGGAUAGACAUUGCUGUGCCAGUAGAACACCUAGCCUGGAGUCCGUCCACGUUGACUGUCAUGGUCACAAGCACAAGGGGUCAACAAAGUCAAGAAGUCCCAGCUCUAAGUGUGAAAGUUCAUGUACAAACUCGUCUCGCAGCAAACAUCAAGAGACUGCGAAACCCUGCUCUUCUCAGUCCAAACCCACCUCGAAGACAGAAACACAAAGCUCUGGGGAAGAGUCACCCUCAGUGGAUAUGAAAGCAGAUCUAGUCAAAACCGAACCUCGAGAUGUUAAAAUAGCUGCGAAUAAAAAACCCAUUGAGUCUAGCAGACAAACUACUGUCAUUUGCGAAAACCAUCCAGCGCCAAAACCAACUGAUGUUGAUCAGAAGAAAGAAACUAAAAGGGAAACUAGUGAUGUUUAAGUACCAGUGUCUUGUGGUUGUGUUCACCAAAUAUAUUUGUUAAGUUUUUGUAAGUUAAAUAAAAUUAAUGCAUAAGGAAAUCUGUAUUUGAAAAAAAUAAUUGUGCAUUUAUAGAGUAAGUAAUGAAAAGUAUAUUGAAAAAAAUUGAGCUUAUUUAUUAAAAGUUAAUUUGUAGGUACUCAAUUUAAAUGCAAAAUUUAAAUGCAAGGUAUUAAAAUAGUCAAACAGUUUCAUGCUAUUAGAAUAUUUAAUUUAAUAUAAAAAAGAUAUAGCUAUAUUUAAGACUUUAUAUGUAUUUAUCAAACCUAAAAGUAUAAUUUUAUCAAUUAUCUUUCUUGAACAGUUGAAAGAAAUUGUGCUGAAGAAUAAAUUUUAGUAAUUUCUACUAAUCUACAUUUUCCUCAAAUCCUGUUAUUUUAAUUUAGUAGUUUUCACUACCUAAAAGACAGAGGGUAAAAUAUUUGAUUGCUCAAAUAGAUUAGCAUUCAGAAUUUGAAUUUAUUAGGUACUCUAGGGCUAUUAUAUUUUAUUUGCGUCCAGCUUGCAUUUUGUAACACAUUAAAUAUCCCUAAUUAAAAUUAAAUAUCAACUCAAGUAAUGUUUACUGAAGAAAAGACUGCAUUCAAGUUUAUGUAUUACAAUAGCUCAGGUUUUUUAGAUUAAAACAUUUGUUAUUUUCUAUGUGAGUUGUGUUGAUUAAAUUGUUAACUAACAUGGAACAAGAAACAUUUUUUUAUGUUUUCUAUCUGAAGUUUUUGUGCUUGACUAUUAAUGUUAGUAACAUGCUUUUAACCUAAUGCAAAUAUACCGUAGUAAAUGUUUUGGCUUAAGUUAAGUUACACUUUUAAUCAAUUUGAGUUAAAAGUAUAUGUGGACUGUACAAAAGACACUAAAAUUACAGUAGAACCUUGCUGAUUCGAAUUUCAGAGGAAAGACAAUACAUUUAGAACUAUAAUAAGUUUGUAAUGUAGAGAGUCUGAAUUAUAGAGGUCAGAAUAAAUAAAAUUCAAAUUAUGGAGGUCCCAGUUUUAAGUGUAGAGAGUUUGAGAGAACGAAUACUAAUGAACACAUCGUAGGAACAUCAAUAAGAGCUCAUUUCAUGUUUCAAGAGGCAUAUUUUUUCUCCUAAAUUCAAAUGACAGAGGCUUGCAGGUACACAGUUCGAAUUGUAGGAGGUUGACUUUGAAUUUUGGAGGUAACAGUUCGAAUUAUGGCAACAAAAUUUGAAUUGUAGAGGCUCGAGUAUGUGCAAAUUAGAAUUGUAGAGGCAUAAAAACCAUUUUGAAUUAUGGAUGUAUUAUUUUUUUUAUUUUAGAGGUUUUCUGAGGGGAACGGACAAACAUUACAAAUUUAGAGGUUUUCGAAUUACCGAGCCUCGAAUUAGCAAGGUUCUAUAAUGAGUGAAUGUGAUAAAACCAAUUAUACUCCUUUAUUCAUAAAGAUUUUAGACAAAAAAAAACAACUAAUCAAUACUAGUUUCCAGUUAAACCUUAGGUGUAUCGUAAUAAAAUGAAUUUCUAUGCAAAAUUAUUGAUACUGAUAUUCCGUAGUUCAAAUAUACGCUUUAAAUUAUAAACAUAUUGAUGGCAAUCUUUUGAGAGAGAAAAAACUUGCACCUGGCAAUCGGCUAAGUGAUUGGCCUAUACUUCAUGUUGAGGCAUUAAAGAGUAACCAUCUACUGUAUCAUAGAGACUUAUACCAUCUAUUAUAAAAGGUAUAUAUGAACUAAGUUUGAAUCGGCCACAACAGGCAAAUGACUCCUUUAUAUGAGUACUGUGUUUCAGUGUUAUUUUAUCAGCAUUUUAACAUAAAGCUUAUUGUGAUUUUACUAGUAAGAUUAGUCUGAAAAAAAUAUGUGACUGAAUUUCAAUUCAGGGUAUAUUUUGUAUGUUGUAAUUUUAGAGGAUAUUUUGUAAAUAUAUUUGUAUUGUAGUUAUGAUAUUUUGUGACUUCGUAUGUAAAGUUGCACAUUUGAUAAUAAAAAUAA